AUGAGCGGCAAGCUCUGGACGGAGGAGCAGUUCAACUGCCCCGUGUGCCUGGACCUGCCCAGCGACCCGGCCACCAUCCCGUGCGGCCACAGCUACUGCAUGGGCUGCAUCCGGGACUACUGGAGCGAGGCCGACGCCACGGGCACCUACAGCUGCCCGCAGUGCCGGCAGGCCUUCAGCCCCAAGCCCCACCUCUCCCGCAACACCAUGCUGGCCGAGGCCGUGGAGCAGCUGCGCACGGGCGCCCAGCGGCGGCCGUCGUCGUCGGCCGUGCCGUGCGACAUGUGCACCGGGCAGAAGCAGCGUGCGGCGGUGAAGAGCUGCCUGGUGUGCAUGAGCUCGUACUGCGAGAGCCACCUCAAGCACCACCAGGGCCAGAAGUCGAUGCGGCAGCACGAGCUGAUCGGACCCACGGGCCAGCUGGCCCAGAAGAUCUGCACGGAGCACAAGUACCUGCAGGAGUUCUACUGCCGGCCCUGCGGGCGCUUCGUGUGCUGGCUGUGCACCAGCAACCAGCACAAGGGCCACGAGUGUGUGUCGACCAAGGCUGAGCGCGUGGAGAAGCAGGUACGCAGGCCCUGGGAGGGGAGGGUUAUGUUGUGGGGGGAGCAGGGGUUUGAAGGGACGGGACGCAAGGCAGGGCAACUUUAUCUAUGGGGCGCUCUUCAUACACGAGGCAGACUCAAAGUGCUUCGCAUUGAAACCUAGUCAUUCAAUAAAAUAAAAUAAUAAAAUAGAUAAGUAAUAGAAAACAAAGGCAAAGAUAAAAAGAAGGUGCAAUGUGUUUAAGAUUUAGCAGAAUGCAAACUUACAAUAAAGAAGACGUAAGUCCUGCAAUUGUUGGGGGGUUUGGCAUGGUCGGAAGAUUUUGUUUAUAAGAUGUAUGACUGUUUUUUUCUACUUGUGACUUCAAUGUCUGUCGUUGCUGUGUCUUAUUUAUUUAUGAUAUUCUUUUUGUGCUUCUGGUAAAAGUAGGCUACAGCACCACUGUUCCUGGUCAGUAGAGUAUUUCCUGUUCCUACCCUUCCUUGUUUUGUUUAAAGAAUAAGGAACAGACGGUGCAAUGUCAAAAGGGCCGAACCGGUUUAUUGAGACUGUGAUUAUUAUGAACCUUUAUAAACUCCGGUGUGUGUUCAACGAUAACCCUGAAGGAAAGGCUGCAAACUCCAUGAG